GACUUCUCUCUUCUUCCCCACAUCCCACUUCUCUCUAAAGCUUGGAGCUCCAUUAAUGGCUACCAAGCCUCAAACUUGUACAUUGUAAUGGUGAGGAGAGGUUAAUGAGAAUGAGAGGGCUGAACAUUAGCCUAAACAGUCCCGUGGUUAUCUCCCUUUCCGGGUUUCCACGUAAAGAUCAUUGUUUAUAUUUUGAUAUCAUCCCAUAACCAUUAAACCCUCCCGGAAGGGGUGUUGAACUUCAGAGCUGCGGUGAAUUAAACUCAACACUGACGCCGUCUGUGGGAACUUGUUCAAAAAGAUUUGUACGUGCUCUUGAAUUUUCUACAAAAAAUGCACAUGAAGUGAACUGUUUCUUGGAAUUUUCUGGAAUCACAACCGAGGUUAUGAGGGGAAAUAUCCCCCACCAAGAGAUCCCCCACCCUUUUCGCCACCUUGGGGUCACCUGGAGGUGGGCAGAACAAGGGAACAACUUCCUCAAUCAUCAAGACCUUCUUAGCAGGAGGGAAGAGGCGGUUGGGAGCUAUGGUUGCCUGACAAGGAUGGGUUGGUGAAGUGACAAGUGGGGCCAUGGUUUGACCAAUCAGCUGCGUAGACCGCACAUCCCCUUAUUGAGCUUAUCUAAGCCUGGUGACGAGCAGGGAAGGGCGGAAAACCCGAGCGGGAAUACCAAUUGACAUUUCGAAUGCUUCGUGAAACCGAAAUGAUUGGAGGAAACGAAAGAGCUGAGCCAGAAGGAUGACCGAGUAUCUCGUCAGAGCAGCCUGCGCAUUUUCAACUCGGGCCCUAGCCUUGCCGCCCGGCACCGCUGGAAGGCUGCCCUUAUCUGAAUACCCGGCACAUGUGCAUACCCGAUUCGUUAUGCCGCUUGAUCGUCAGGCCAACCUUAGUUUGGAAGCCUGCAAGAUUAACUGGCCGCCCUGCAUCUCUCUUCCCGAUGGGGAGGAUGUUGGAGCAUGCUGGCGCAUCAAACAAGCUGAACGUAUCAAACAAUCCCCUCCUCAAAUGGGAAGUCUUCUCACUAAUAAAAGAACUCACGUUAAAUAAGGUCGAGUGUCCCAGGGCCAACCUAACGCCCAACUUUUUCGUCCCAUGCUGGAGACCCCGAGAGGAAGAAUAAUCAUACACCGAACGGUGGGAGAUGAGUAACUCCCCUGUUGAUUUGUGUCAACUUGAAAUGCUGCAGCACGUAGCCACGUACCCAGGCUUGGGACGAACGGUGACAACCCUCAAAGAGAAAAUUGAAGGGAAUCCAUCGGACGCAAAGAAAGGCUGGUUAACCACGCUUAAACCAGUCCCUACACGUCAGUGGUUAUCCGACUCCAAGAUCGUUCCGGAAGCCGCUCAGAGCGUGGGCCACCCAGCCUUAGACAUCUAAUGCAUACCGCAAGAAGGUACGGCCGCCCGACCGACAAAUCACUCGAGGCUCCACAGGUGGAGAUGCCCUUGUCAGUCAGCCAGGUUUGCCGCACGGCCAGGUAUGUUUCCGCUAAGAGCCAGCUUCCACCAGGCGUUUGUAGGGGAAUUUUCAGACCGGAUUCUAACUAGCCAGAUCGAAAACGAAGCCAGAGGAUAGGGCCUAGUCUUCACUCAGCGUGACUGGGAUUGGAAGUUGGAAGUCCCCUGAAGUUGGUUGCCCGAUCAGAUCCGCUUACUAACUGAUGGUCCAAUAUCGUUUUCUUUUCAACCCUUUUUCCUCUAACAGAAUGUGUUCCAAUAUCGUUUGGGAGAUAUUGAAACAUACAGCGGAAGUGUUGACCUCAAGAGUGUGACACUUUAUAGGAACAAAUGUUAUGACUCUUUUAGUUGUAACAGAGAUGGGUGGAUAGAACACUUUUGUUUGAAGGAUUCAGAUCUAUUGUCAUAGAUCUCUUUGUAGUGCGUAGGUAAGGAGUUUUUGGUUCACAGAAAACUUUAGGGAGUUUGGUGGACAUUGAAUAUGCAAGACUUUGGGAUAGUGUGAAGGUGAGUGAGAACUGAAGUAUGUGUUGGGUGCUGAAUAUAAAAGGUACAUAAGAUAUAUCCUGGUUCAAAGGUGGUGUAAUCCUCCUACAUCCAGUCCCAACCUAUUUUAGAUGGAUUUUCCACUAAAUGAAUAUCCCAUUACAUUUAGUGCCCAAUCUACCCCUGGCCCGAGUGUAGAUUGUGAGGUUUUUCACGAGGAACCACACUGUUCCAAGCCACUCAUGUCCUCCAAGGUUUUUCACUAAUGGCUUGCCCAGCCAGAAGCUAUUCAUGUCCUUGCCUCACCUUCUGGAUGAUCACACACAUCCCAGAAUGAAUACACUAGACUAGUUUACAUGGGUUUAAACUAAUCUACCAACUAAUUUAAGCUCUAUACAUGUGUAUGAAUGAUAAGCUAUUAUAAGAGCAUUAGAUGAGUGGGGUGGUAGCCAGAGUGGUGAAGGUGAAUCAGCUAGCUGAAUGUUUU